AUGCAUCCCAAGCCCGAGGGCGGCGACGCCGACGGGGCCGCCGCGGAGGUGGGCUCCCCGCGGCCGGGCUACUUCCGGCAGCGGAGCAUGCACGCCGCCGCCGCCGCCGCCGCCGCGGAUCCGGAGGCAGCGGCGCGCCGGGCGUUCGACGUCGAGAACCCCCCUUGCUCCGCCGGCGGAGCGGGCGGGGGGCUCCGGCCCAGCGAGUCCGUCACCAAGCUGGAGUCGCUGGAGCGUGCGGAGCGCGCCGCGCUGGCGCCCGCCGUCGUGCUCAGGACCGGGUUCUACAUCCUGGUGUGGUACGCGUUCAGCACCUGCCUCACGCUAUAUAACAAGACGCUGCUGGGGGAUAAGCUCGGCAAGUUCCCGGCGCCGCUGCUGAUGAACACCGUGCACUUCGCGCUGCAGGCGGGGCUCUCCAAGCUCAUAAUCUUCUUCCAAUCCAAGGGGCCCGAGACCGCCGUUGAGAUGGGGUGGAAGGACUACUUCAUGAGAGUCGUGCCAACUGCUCUCGGGACGGCCUUGGACAUAAACCUGAGCAACGCGUCUCUGGUGUUCAUCUCGGUGACGUUUGCUACUAUGUGUAAAUCAGCCUCCCCGAUAUUCCUGUUGCUCUUUGCGUUUGCAUUUAGGUUGGAGAAUCCUAGCAUCAAGCUUCUAGGAAUUAUAGUUGUUAUUUCUACUGGAGUUCUGUUGACAGUUUCCAAGGAGACGGAGUUUGACUUCUGGGGCUUCAUUUUUGUGACGCUUGCUGCUGUUAUGUCAGGAUUCCGUUGGUCCAUGACUCAGAUUCUGUUGCAGAAAGACACUUACGGCCUGAAGAAUCCAAUUACCUUGAUGAGCCAUGUUACACCAGUGAUGGCCAUAGCCACUAUGAUACUAUCUCUAUUACUGGAUCCAUGGACUGAAUUUCAAAAGAAUUCAUAUUUCGAUAACCCUUGGCAUGUCAUGCGCAGUUUCUUACUUAUGCUUAUCGGAGGAUCCUUAGCUUUUUUCAUGGUGUUAACAGAGUAUAUACUUAUUUCAGCAACAAGUGCCAUAACCGUGACGAUAGCUGGGGUAGUAAAAGAAGCUGUAACCAUUGUGGUUGCAGUAUUUUAUUUCCAUGAUGAAUUUACUUGGUUGAAAGGGUUUGGUCUGUUCACCAUUAUGGUUGGUGUUAGCUUGUUCAAUUGGUACAAGUAUGAGAAAUUCAAAAGGGGUCAGACAAAUGAGGAUGACGUCAACUCUCCUCCAUUUACUGGUGACGUCAAGUACAUUAUUCUAGACGACUUGGAAUAUCAGGAUGAAUUUGAGGAGGAAGAUACAUAG